AAAGCUAUGUCGAUUGCGGUAAAGCCUGGUCAGCAGAUCAUGAUGAACGCGUUUAUGAUGUAUAUGUCCGGGUCGAAUCUUAAUAUUUUCAGCAUCAACACCGUGAGUAUGGCAAUCUUGACCCCGGUGACGAGCAUUCUAGGCAUCGAAAGUGUCUUUGCUGCCUUGAGUGAUGUAGAUUUACAAAUGCCGAAGCUGGCAUUCGUUGCUCUAAAUUUGGUAUGGUUAGCUGUGGGAUUGUACAAAAUGAGCAGCAUGCGGCUGUUGCCGACAACUUCGGCAGAUUGGAUG